AUCGCAAAGUUUGUUCCCUCCGGACGUUCUCCAUUUUCCUUUUUUUUAUUUUGAUUUUGGUUUUUACCGGUGAAACGGGUCGAGGUACUAAUGAUGGCUUCAAACAGGGCUGCCAAGUCGGGUUUCGCGGCGGAAGCCCAACGAAAGAUCAACAGUAAAUACAGCGAAGAACUGGCGCAGGAAUGUCUGGAAUGGAUCAAGACAAUCACCGGCGAAAAUAUAAGCACCAACGGGGAUAUGGACAACUUCUACGAAAUCCUGAAGGACGGCACCCUUCUUUGCAGAUUGGUGAACGACAUUAAAGAGGGCUCGGUGAAGAAAAUUAACAAAACCAGUCUCGCGUUCAAGUGUAUGGAAAACAUAAACGCCUUCCUUGAGGCCGCCAGGGCACUGGGUGUCCCGGCUCAAGAGACAUUCCAGACCGUUGAUCUCUGGGAAAGACAAAAUCUCAAUUCAGUCGUGAUUUGUCUCCAAUCCCUUGGUAGAAAGGCCGGCAACUAUGGUAAACCAAGCAUCGGACCAAAAGAGGCGGACAAAAAUGUACGUAACUUCACCGAGGAGCAAUUAAGGGCUGGUCAGGGCGUGAUUAGUCUACAAUACGGCAGCAACAAGGGUGCUAACCAGAGUGGAAUCAACUUUGGAAACACUAGACAUAUGUGAAAAUGUUCAUCCUCUCAUUGAAAAAGAUUCCAUAAAUUCACUCGCCCCCCGUCCCCCUUUAUUUUAUUUUCACGAUGUACUAGAAGUAUAGACAACGUUCGUCGUACAACAAUCUUUCUUGUCGUGGUCCAAAUUAUUCUAAAUGGCGCACAACAGACACGGUCGCGCGUGAAUGAUGCACCAGAUGACUUUCUAUGCAUUUAUACUAGGAUGCGGUAUAGUACGCGCAUACCUGUAGGUAUGUUAUCAGGUUUUAUGUAUUGUUUUGGCGAAUCGAGCAAUCUCAAAUGUUACACAGCUAUGCUCAAAUUGUGAAAUUGAAGUCUAUGUCUUGGACAGUAAUGAGUAUACUGUUGAUCAGUUGUGAAAAAGAUAAAAAUGUGACUCACUGUUUGAGAACUCAUGUAGGAACAAAGUAUCCAAAGUUAGAUUAUGCCACUAGCAAACAUUGGACAAAGUGGCUCUGCAUUUGUUAAAUAUCUUGUAUAGAUUAUAAAACAGAGUUACUGGUGCAACUAGCUACUCUGUUGCUGUUACUGUGAAAACCCCUUACGAGUUAUAAUGUAACCAAAUUAUACUUUAAAAAUUCCUGUUAUACGUGAGAUAAAAGCUAUUAUAAUUAUUGUAUAAUGAUAAAUGAUAUAUA